CCGAUCCGAUCAUGCAGGCGCUCCUACGCAACGGCGGCGCGCGCGCGCUCGCGAACGCGGGCCGCGGCGCGUUCGCGCCCGCGGGGACGUCCGCGUCUUCGCUCAUCGCCCCCACCGCGGGGACGCUCGGAUCCCCGCGAUGGAUCGGGGACACGGGCGUGCCGGAGAAUUACGGUCAGUGGAAGGACGGAGGCCCGGGGACGGGGUUCUUGGGGACGCCGAAGAACCAUCGCGAGCUCCUGGAGAAGCGACCGAUGAGCCCGGACGUGUUGGACAUCGACGGCGAGCGCGUGCACUACAAGUUUCCCGCGGUGGCGCUGUCGUCCAUCACGAAUCGCGUCACCGGGUGCGUCCUCAGCGGCGGCGUCGCGUUCGGCGGCGUGCUUUCUUUCGUCGGCGGGCCGGAGACCUUGCCCGCGUUCGUGGAAGGGUUCAAAUCCUGGCUGCCGUUCAUGGUGUACCCGACGAAGCUCGCGUUUGGGUUUCCGUUUGUCUAUCACACGCUCGGGGGAUUCCGUCACCUGUACUGGGAUAAGACCACCGAGGGGAUCGAUAACCAGAGCGCGAAAGCGAGCUCGAUCGCGCUGUUCGCCGCGUCCGGGGGGAUCAGCGCGAUGAUCGCGGGGUGGACGUUCUGAUUCGCGGACCGAGGCGGAGGCGCGCCGAAGAGAGGCGGUGGCUUUUGUAAAACAAAAAAAUUCUUUGCGUU